AUGAGGCAAAGGGAUACAAAUAUAGCCAAAGUAGGCAGGUACAGCAGUGACGGACAACAACUGCAACACAAGCACGGCCAGGAACUCUAUUUUAAUCCCAGGUAUAUCACAGAAAACCAAAAUGGAGAUGUGGUUGUUUCUAAUUUGACUGAUAAUUCCUUAACCGUAGGUGUUUUAGUGGUAACAGAUUCUGUUGGAGCACAUCGCUUCUCCUACAAAGGAAAUCCACGAGGGUCGAACUUUAGACCACAAGGAAUUUGUACAGAUGCUCUUUCGCACAUCCUGGUGUGUGAUAUUCACACAGAGACAGUACAGAUGAUUGAUAAGGAUGGUCAGUUUCUGGCAGUGCUACUGACAAAAAAACAAGGAAUGGGAUGUCCAUACAGCUUGAGUUAUGAUCACAGAUCUCACCUUCUUUGGGUUGGAUAUAUGGGAUACACUACAGUUUACAUAUACAGACAUAUACAGCGGCAAGAACACCUUACAGGUCACAGAGAUAGCGCUAGAAUUUAGAGAAAAGUAACCUUGAAUAUUUAUGUUUCCGCUGACAAACUUAACUUAUGAAUGAAUUGACAUAUUCCUUAGUUAAAUGCGAUAUUAAGUUUGCGUUAAUUUAAGGCAUUGGACUAAAGAAGAGGAGGAAUAAUAUUUUUAAGAUUAGAUAUUUAGAUUAGUUAGCGAAAAAAAAAUUAAAACACAAAUUUUUGCGUUAUUUUUGUUCUAAAUCUUUACUCAUCCAUUAUUUUGAGUGUCCAAAUCCACUUUGUGAGUCAUUUUAUGUAAUGUCUUAGCUGCAUGUAUUGUUACAUUAUUUAAAUAUAUCUUGUAAAGUCUCAAUGUAUAUAAAAGUUCUUUUCUUAAAAAUCAAAACAUCUUUUAAAUUUUGACAAACUAUUAUGUUCAUUAAUUUGUAAUACCUUUUUGUGUUUAAAUACUUUAUCUGUUUAUUAUAACUAUUUUUUGGGGUAUUUUAUUCGUUUGCAAUUGUUUUGUUUUUUUUUGGUAGUUUUUUUUUUACCAUGAUACACAUUCUCUAGGCAUACGCAUGCACGUGUGCUGUAUUUACAUGAUUCACACACUAGAGGAAAUAAAACAUGUAUUUGUGUGACUUUUCUUCAUGUAUAAUAUUACAGUGUUGCCUAUAUUCAGUUAGCUGUCUGCAUGUACCAGGCAUAAUAAUAAUGAUAAGAUAUCCUCCAUAUUUUCUUUGUCUAAAAAAAAAACAGUUUUACAAACUAACACUCUAUCUAUUUAUAGCUUUAGCCUGGUUUAGAAAAAAAACAACUUUAUGUAUAAGUUAUUUCAUUAUACGAAAAUACAAUUCUCCUAGUUGAUAUUGCUACGGCUACUUUAAUAUGAAUAUAUGAACACCCUGAUUUGUACUUUCAGUUGUCACUUGACUUAUAAAAAAUAUGUGAAAACUUCUGGGGAAAAAAGAGUAUCACGAUGCUUUUUUUAUGUAAAACAUCAAAUCAAAAGCUUCGAAAGUUUAGAUGAUGAUGUUCUUUUCAUUUUAUGCAUUUACGAACCAGUAAAGUAAAACUAAGCAUAGAUUUCUUGCAUAGCAGCUACCUUUGAAAGGAAAAUGCUUGAGAAAAGAACUAUACCGUUUGAAAUUUUUAAUUAUGUUCAUUAAUUUUUAUUAAUGGAGAUAAUUGUUACACUUAUUCAUUUCAAUAUAUGCUUGUAACUUAUCCUGUAUGUUCAUUGUCUAAAUUUGUUGUGGUCACCUGAGAAUGAGACAUUUUGAAAUAUAUACAUGUAUGUUAUAAAAAUUGAAUUUUAAUACAUA